AUGCAGCCAACCUUUGAUGGUUACGACGAUCUGGUGCAUUAUCAUCUGAGGGCCAUAGAAGCCAUAUUCGUACAUCAAACUGGACUCAAAGGUGUUUGCCCCACUUCUUUCCUCAAUGAGAAAAUUUUGCAAAAAGCGAGGCAGCGCAAAAGCCAGCUGACUGUGGAGAUGAAAUCGGAUAAGAUCUCUUUGUCCCGUCUCAAAGAGUUGUGCGAACUUCAAGAUUGGGAAGAAGAAUACUGGACCAUAAUUUGGGAUAAUUUGGCCAAUAUGUACAAAGAAGCUCGUAAGUAAAU